AUGCCAAAGCGGGGCCAAGCGACGAGGGCAAUUACCACACCAGCAGCAUCAAGCAGUUCCGACAACAGCAAGGCAAGGGAAGAAGCAGUCCAUGCUUUCCUCACCAGCUAUGACGUGAAGGAUAAGGAGGCAGAACCUGAACCAGCUAUCAAAGCAGCUAGGAUCACGGAGGUGGAAAGUGAUGAGAAUUUUCUUCGGCAGGGAGUAAAGGAAGUCCAGACUGAGGCGCUCCUCGAUUCAGGAGCAUAUUCUUGUAACAUCAACCCAUGGCUGGUUGAUCAGUUGAAUCUUGCUACGAUCUCACUUGAAAAGAAGAUCAGGGUCUAUAAUGCAGAUGCAUCUCACAACAAGGGUGAAACCAUUAAGAAAAGGGUUCUUCUCAGUCACAAGGACAUCAUACUAGGAAUGAGUUUCCUCAAGGAGCGCAACCCUGAAGUAGCAGUCCAGGAGGAGGAUCUGGAAGACACAAACAUCCCCCACAUCGAAGAUCUGAUGGAGUUCGUCGGUUCCCAGGAGUUAGGUGAUAACUGGAACGACAUGGACAGCUUCAUUAGAUGGGUGUCAUUAUCAGAAGACCCUGAUGCACAGGCCGUAGCAUCACUCAUUAUGGGCCUUGACACCAAGAGGAAUCAGGAUAGAGCGCCACAAAAAGGAGAACAGGACAAAGACUACUGGUCAGCCUAUGUCCCCAAACACUUCCACGAGUAUGGCGAUGUGUUCUCCAAGAAGCAGUCAGAAUGA